UAUGUCAAUCAGGCCAUGUCCGUCAUCUUUAUUGUCACAUGCGAGUGUCCAUUAGACACAUGGCCUGACUGCCGAUAGAUGGCGCUGAGCCUGGUCUACGGCACGUGAUAGCUCUCCUUUGUCUACAGUAGUUCUUGUUAGACCUCGUGCUAGAGUACACAUAAGCUAAGUGUCUCUUUGUGAUUCCUAAUAAAGUUUACAUAGUCCGAGUGGUUCGACUCUACUUCUUUAAGGUGUUCAACGUAACCUAAUGUUACAUGGUGUCAGAAUAAAACAUUUUUGUGCUGAUCGAUCUGUCCGCAAGUUCUACUGCCCAAUAUCGAAUCAUACGCUACCUUCUAAUAUGGAUAGAGCACCACUAAAAGCCCCAGCAGAGUUAGUUGUGACCGAUUGCAACAUGUCUACCACGUGGAAACUGUGGAAACAGCGUUAUGAAUGGUUUGCGACGGCCACACAGCUAUCGUCGAAACCGCCAAAUGUCCAAGCAGAGGUCCUCAUGGCGGUCAUUGGACAAGAUGCAAUGGUCAUCUUCAAUACCUUUUUGCUCACGGAGGAAGAGAAAACGGAUCCACUAGUAAUCCUUCAAAAGUUUGAUGCAUAUUUCGCUCCACAAGGAAAUGAAACAUACGCCUGCUGGUUGUUCAACAGGCACGUGCAGUCGGAAGGUGAGUCAUUCGACAAAUUCUUGACUAACCUUAGAACCAAAAUUCGGGAAUGUAAUUUCGGUAUACAAGAGGACAGCCUCUUAAGAGACAAAAUAGUGCAGGGCAUACGCUCCAAUAAGAUUAGAGAACAAUUGCUCAGAGAACCUACUCUGACGCUGGAUCAUGCUAUUCAGAUCUGUAGAGCCAGCGAAUCAGCAUCCAUUCAACUGAGGGAGAUGCAACCGAGAAUGGAUUUGUGAACAGUGACGUGAAUUCGCUAAAAUUCUCGAAAACGAUCUCAGCAACUCCGACAAAUAAUGCCGCAGAGCGUUUGUGUUGGAGAUGCAGCAUGUCGCAUGAAUAUCAAAAGUGUCUAGCAUUUAAGGUCCACUGCCGCCAGUGUUCAAAAAAGGGUCAUUAUGCUAGAAAUUGUCCGUCUAGACGGCAAAAGUCGCAGCAGACAUGUGAAGUGCAGCUCCCCAACAAGGCGGACAGAGAACGCGAGUAUGACUGUUUGUCUGUGUUGGAGUUGCUCCAAGACCAACCCACAUGUCCGAGUCUUUCCCAAACAUGGCGUGUUCCUGUCAGAUUUUCCGGUGGAAUUUCCGCGGUGUUCAAGUUGGACACUGGAGCAGAUGGCGACGUUGUCCCAGCUUCCUUAGUGCAACGCCUUAAGCUAAAAGUAAUCCCUAGUGUCAUACGUCACAUUCGUUCCUUCAACCACACCUAUACUCCUGUGCUAGGUGAAUGUGUUGCUAGUUGUGUUGUGGAAGGUCGUAGUGCGAGAAUAAAGUUUAUUGUUGUGGAAGGCGAAUAUUCUCCCUUGCUAGGCAAAGAUACCUGUGAAAAGCUCAAUCUCGUCCACCGAGUAGAAAUAGUUGAACCGGAAGUUGCAGUGCCAGAUAAUAUAUUUAGAGGUAUUGGCUGUAUCAUAGAUUUCGUGUACGACAUAGAAUUAAUAGACAAUCCAGUUCUUCACGUGCAUCCACCACAAAAUAUUCCUUACACAAUUCGUGCAGAAGUCAAGAAGGAGCUGGACAAUAUGGUCAAGCUAAAGGUGCUCAAACCAGUCACCCACCCGACACCGGCAGUGAGUCCAUUAGUGGUCGUGCACAAAGAGGGCAGAAUCCACUUGUGCAUGGAUCCGUCAGAUAUUAAUAAAGCCAUCAAAAGGCAUCAUUUUCCACUCAAAACAGUGGAAGACAUAGCGGCGCGCAUAACGAAUGCACGCUACUUUACCCUGUUAGAUGCCCGAAAGGGAUUUUGGCAACUGCCCGUUACACCACGUACUGCUGACUUGCUAACAGUGAA